GAAAGAACACUCAUUAUCAAUUCUCCCACCCCAAGCUCAUCCUGUGACAGCAUUUUAUUACCAUCUUUUGCUGCACUGAAAUCAACUGGAUAUCGCCAUGAGUUUGUUGUUCUUUUGAAGUGGAGUUUCAAGGGCCCAAGGCCUUUCUAUUCUUAAAGCACUCAAAUUACUGUCUCACUGUGUUUUAGAUAAUCUUUUAGCUGUUGGAGUUCAAGAAUGGCAACAAAGUACAUUGUUGGUUCAGUGUUGGCAUCAUUUGCAGUUGCAUAUGUUUGUGAUGUUGUUAUUGCAGACAAGAAGGUGUUUGGAGGUACUACUCCACACACUGUUGCAAACAAUGAAUGGUGGAAAGAGACUGACAAAAAAUUCCAGGCAUGGCCUCGCACUGCUGGUCCCCCAGUGGUCAUGAACCCUAUCAGCCGCCAAAACUACAUUGUCAAGUCUUGAUUAAGAUGUUUGGUCUCUGUUUCCUUUCGAGUAGUUGUGUGGUAGUUCGAUUGUAAUAAACGUUUGUUUCUGCUUGUGCAGCUACGGGUGUUAUGUCUUGUAUCAGUGAAUCGACUGUUAAACUUGAAAGGAUACAUGAUCAAAUGGAUAAAAGUAGCUACUUGUGUCUUUUAACUUGUAAUGUUGAUUCUCAGCUCUCUUUGCAGCUUUAUUUCUGGCUAAAAUGAUAAAUUUAUGUAAGAUGGGAAUACCCGUGCGUUUUAGAUCUUAUGUUACAUUGUAUAUGUAGGAAAGAGUUCAUCUGUAUUUGUGUGUGUUUUUCUUUUGUAAUCGGAAGAGUUCAUCUACCAGAAAUAUGUA